AUGCGGGUGAAACUAAGGAGAAUUAAAGAUAGUUUCCAGCUGAAAAAGUUUGGAAGCCCCCUUAGCGAAACAUGUGCAGAAGAGAUUAUCGAAACACCUGAAAAAGAAUCAAACAAGACCGAACGUAUUAAAGAUGUACGCUUACCCACCUCAAUUAUACCCAUUGUGUACGAUGUGGAACUUCAGCCUUACAUCUAUGAAGGACCACCUGAGAAUUUCACUUUCGAUGGUUACGUUAAUAUUAACAUGAAGUGCUUGACUAACUGCACCAACAUCACUUUGCACAGUCACUUGUUAAAUAUCAACGAAAGCUCGGUAGAUUUAUCAUCAACAAAUAAUGCCAACGUACCGCAGGUCAAAGGCUUGGUCUUUGACAAAAAACGUCAGUUCCUCAUCUUUAAUCUCAGUGAGCCCUUGGAAAAUGGGCAGGAAUACAAUAUACGAAUGAAUUUCACAGGGAAGCUUCGAGAUGAUUUAAAUGGACUUUAUCGAAGUUCGUAUAAGCGAGGAAAUAAAACUAUAUAUAUAGCAACAACACAGUUCCAAGCUACAUUCGCCAGACAAGCUUUUCCAUGUUUUGAUGAACCUGCAAUCAAAGCCAAAUUUCGAGUGAUUCUAGUAAGGAAAGCACCAAUGAUCUCACUGUCCAAUAUGCCAAUAAUCCGUCAAGAUAAGAGAGACAAUGAUUUUAUCGCUGACGUUUAUAACAUCACAUCAAAGAUGUCUACAUACCUGUUGGCCUUUAUUGUGUGUGAUUUCAGUUCGCUGGAAAACAAAACUAAAACUGGAGUCCAGUAUCGCGUGUGGGCCAGACCAGAAGCAAUCGACCAGGCCAGACUUGCCCUAGAUAUUGGCAUUAAGGUCUUGGAAUACUUUGAAGACUAUUUUGGAGUACCGUUCCCUCUUCCAAAACAAGACAUGAUUGCAAUUCCUGAUUUUGCUGCCGGUGCCAUGGAGAACUGGGGUUUGAUAACCUAUAGAGAAACGGCUAUGCUUUACGAUCCGGAGGCAUCCUCUAUCAUGAACAAGCAAAGGGUUGCUGUUGUCGUUUCACAUGAACUUGCUCAUCAGUGGUUUGGUAACCUGGUGACCCCUCGUUGGUGGGAUGAUCUUUGGCUUAACGAAGGAUUUGCCAGUUAUGUGGAAUAUAUGGGAGUCAACUUUGUCUAUCCCAAAUGGAAGAUGUUCCAACAAUUUAUUUUCAAUGAACUGCAAGGUGUCAUGGAGACAGAUGGCUUAGCUUCAUCUCAUCCAGUCUACGAAACUGUGAAUAACCCAGAUGAAAUACAAGAAAUAUUCGACAGUAUAUCUUAUGCAAAAGGUGCCUCCGUCAUACGUAUGAUGAAGUUUUUCUUGGGAGAAGAGACUUUCAGAAAAGGGCUCAGGGCGCAGAUAUGGCUGUGUGGUAAUUUUGCCUUUACCGUUCAAUUUUGUAGAUACAAAUGGCAAAUUCCUUUCGUGUACACAACAUCUAAAGAAUGGAAAUUCAAUAAGACAGCCACUGAUGUUAUAUGGAUAGAUGACAGAGUCGAACAGCCAACCAUAAUAGACAAAACACUUCCUAAGAUGUCAGAUAAGAAAGCCUGGAUUAUUGGAAACUGUAAACAAUAUGGCUACUACCGUAUGAACUAUGAUAUAGAUAAUUGGGAGGCUUUAAUAGAACAGCUGAACACUGACCAUAAGGUAAUUGAUGUAAUCAACCGUGCACAAAUAAUCGAUGACACCUGGAGUCUGGCCAAGGCUGAUAUGUUGGACAUAAAAAUCGCUCUAGGAACGCUGGAAUAUCUCAGUAAGGAAGAGGAGCUUGUACCAUGGGUUGCUGCUACGUCACACUUAUAUUACAUAAGAACAGUUCUAACGCGUACUGGAGCCUACAGAGACCUGGCGUUAUUCAUACAGAGAUUGGUAACGGGACAUUAUCAUCGCAUUGGCUGGGAUAAUUCAGGCACCGAACACACUGAAACAAUUAUGCGUACAAUGAUUAUUAGAUUAGCUUGCCACUACAAUGUGAAAGGCUGUGCUGAAGAAGCUACUCGACAAUUUCAUUUGUGGAUGGAGAGACCCGACCGCAAUCGAAUCGAUCCGAAUCUUCGGUUAAUUGUCUACUGCAAUGCCCUACGUAAAGGAGGCGCUCAAGAAUGGGACUUUGCCUAUGAACAGUAUAAGAAGUCCAAUAUGGCUAGCGAGAAAGAUCGUUUACUUCGAGCAAUGUCUUGUUCGCAGGAACCGUGGAUAUUAAGCAGGUUUUUAGAAAGAACAUUAGAUUCCAAAGAAAUACGAAGACAGGACGCUGUGGCUCCGUUCAUUUACGUAUCAAGAAAUUCGAUUGGUCAGUUAUUGGCUUGGGACUUCGUUCAAUCUAGAUUGGGAUCAAAUAAGUCAAGCCAUGAAAACUUAUUCCCGGUUUCUUAUCUCUUCCCUCUUGUGACAUAUUCCUUUAACACGGAACAUCAACUGAAGCAGCUGGAGGCAUUCGUGGCUUCACAAGGGGACUUGGGGUCAUCAAAAAGAGCCUAUCAGCAAGCAAUAGAAGAAACUAAAACCAACAUCAAGUGGAUGAAGAAGAACUUUAAGCCAGUAAAAGAAUGGUUGAAGAACACAAAUACCAGAAAAAUAAAACAGUCCGUUGAUGUGAGGUUACCCAAGUCCCUUGUUCCCCAGGUGUACAAUCUGGAAAUGAAGCCAAACAUUUACUCUGGUAAUCCUUCAAACUUCACAUUCAAAGGGAAGGUUGACAUCCGAUUCUUAUGCCAGAAUUCAACUAGCAACGUCACCUUACAUAUCGUCAAACUGGAAAUCUUCGACAAUAUCAUUGUGAAAGAACUGGGGAGAAACAAAGCUAUUACAGUGAGAAACUUCGAAGAAAACAAAGAGAAAGAAUUCCUCGUUGUUUACCUAAAUGAAGAGUUGGAGGCUGGACAUCGUUAUAAAAUAGUGAUACAAUUCAAAGGGUCACUCCUUCCCGAUCUCAAGGGAUUUUAUUUCAGUUCAUAUGAAUAUAAUAACGAAACAAUAUAUCUUGCCACUACGCAGUUCCAGCCAACCAAUGCUCGAAAAGCUUUCCCAUGUUUUGAUGAACCAGCACUGAGGGCCAAAUUCAACGUUGUGUUGAUCCGUAAGAAAAAUAUGACUGCACUCUCAAAUCAACAACUACUACGUACGGAACCACGAGAAAACGGUUAUGUAGCUGACUACUUUGACACAACUCCUGAGAUGUCAACAUAUUUGUUAGCGUUCGUCGUGAGUGACUUCAGCAACAUAACAAAACAGGCUGGCAAUAUCACUUUCAGCGUAUGGGCACGGAGAAAUGCCAUUAAGCAAGCAGAAUAUGCUCUUGAAGUUGGUGUGAAAAUUAUACAGUUCUUUGAAAAAUACUUUCAGAUACCGUUUCCAUUGCCAAAGCUAGAUAUGCUUGCAGUUCCUGAUUUUCUAAUUGGCGGUAUGGAGAACUGGGGCCUUAUUAUAUACAAAGAAACUGUGAUGCUUACUGAUGAAACUUCGGCUUCGCUUGACAAGACGCAGUUAGUUACUACUAUUGUAUGCCAUGAAAUAGCUCAUCAGUGGUUUGGUAAUUUGGUAAUUCAAUGGUGGGACGAUUUGUGGCUAAAUGAAGGUUUCGCCACUUAUAUGGAGAUUGUCGGAAUUAACUUCAUCAACCCGGAAUGGAAUAUGGAUAUUAAAUUCUCUCGAGGAGUUGACGCCGCUUUGAGUAGUGAUGACACCACCAGUUCACAUCCGAUUUAUGUACCUGUUGCUCAUCCAGGCGAAAUUAUGAAGAUCUUUGAUAUAAUAUCAUAUCUAAAGGGUGCCGCAGUCAUUCGAAUGAUGGAGUUUUUCUUGGGUAGGGAGACCUUCGAAAAAGGUAUAAAUGAAUACUUGAAGACCAACUCUUUCAGCACCGUAUUCCAUGACGAUUUGUGGAAUUCUUUGUCACAGGCAUGGAAUGGUCGGGAUGUAAAAUACAUCAUGGAUACAUGGACAUUACAGAUGAAUUAUCCCCUUUUAACUGUCACCUGGAAAGGAAACGAACUCACGGUGAAGCAGAAACGCUAUCUUAAAAAUGACGAUGAAUCUACUGAAUCCAAAUACAAAUCACCAUUCAAUUACAAGUGGGAGGUUCCAUUUACAUUUACCACCAGUAGAGAGAAGAAUUUCAAUAAGACUAACAAAGAUAUACAUUGGAUUCACAAAAACGAAUCAGAAGUCCAAAUUUCCUCAUCUGUGCUACCUAGGAAACAUAAUUCAACAGACUGGGUUAUUGGUAAUAUAAGGCUUUUAAAUUAUUAUCGAGUGACCUAUGACGACGAUAAUUGGAUGGCAAUUAUUGAGCAACUGAAGAGAGAUCACACAAUCAUUCAUAUAUCCAACCGUAUCCAGAUAUUUUGGGAUUCAUGGGCCUUAGCAAAUUCCGGACACCUCGAUAUACUUAUAGCUCUUCGUACACUGGAAUAUCUGAAAAAGGAGAAAUCUUACGUAGUGUGGUCAACAGCUGAAAGUGGAUUAUCACAGGUGAAAACAAUGCUAUACAAGACACCAAGAUAUGGUGAUUUCCAGAGAUUUAUUCGGAACCUUGUAAAGGAUUUAUACAAAGACCUUGGCUGGAAUAAUACACAUAGCAAUAACAUUAAUCGUGACCAGUCACUUCGCUUACUCAUCGUCCUCAUGGCUUGUGAUAAUGAGCUAAAGGAAUGUAAAGAUGCAGCUCUAGCCUAUUUUCGACAAUGGGUAGAUACAGGAAACACAGGCUUGGACACUGAACUGAAUUCUAUAAUUUACUGCAUCGGUGUCCGUUAUGGAGAUGAAGAUGAAUGGAAUUUUGUUUAUAACAAAUACAAAACAUCUACAGUGGUCAUUGAAAAAACACCAAUCUUAAAUGCACUUUCCUGUACCAGACAUCCAUGGCUACUCAACAAGUAUUUGAAAAUCGCAAUGAAUCCAGACAAAAUUCGUUACCAAGAUGUCGGCACUGUUUUAAAUGAUAUAUCAAGGAAUCCUAUUGGAGAAAAGAUUGUCUGGGAUUUUAUUCGAUCGAACUGGGAUGAACUUGCUACAAAGUUUGCAGAUCAAAACUUGCCCUGGUCUACAUUUCGUAGAAUAGCAAGAGAGUUUAAUGAUGAAUUUGGAUUAAAAGAGGUGAAAUAUUGGAUGACAAAAGAUCAAUAUGUCAAUAAAUACAGAGAACAGUAUGAAGAAGUUAUUUCAUACAUUAAAUCGAACAUUAAAUUGAUGGAUAAGAACUAUAAGAGAGUAUCUGAUUGGUUGGACCAGCAGGCAAUAUAAACGUGCCAUAGUGAUUGGUCAAUUACACAAACAGACCAUGAAAUCACUGAAAAGAAAAUUCUAUAAUAACAUAUCAACAAUAAUAAUUAUCAAACAAAAAAAAAAGAGGAAAACAUUGUGGUCAAUUUUUACAAUUAUUAUUUUUUUGUUGCAUUAUAUACUUUAUUAUAAUCUUGCAUUUCUUUUUUUUUUUUUUUUCCUGUCACAAUUUCGAAAAAUUAUGUGAGAAAAUAUUUUCUAAGAUGCUUCCUGUAAAAAAAAAAAAAAAUCCAAUCAUUUAAUGGUUUCAAUAACUAUUUGGAAUAUGAUGUUGGUCUCGAGAGAAGAACUUGUAAAUUUACCAUAGGAAUCAUC